AUGGGUACUGCCAAGGAGGCGGAGUUGAUGGAGAGAGAGGAGUUUGGGGCCCCUAAGAGGGCCUGUGCUUCUAGUCAGUUUUCGGGUACCUCAUCUGGAGGUAGAGGGAACUAUAGAGGAGGUGAUUCCUUCCAACGUAGAGGACCAAUUCAUGCAUCUAUGCUAGCUUUUAAGGAUGGUCAGACACCUCGUGGGUCCUACAGUACAGGUCAGAGUUACCAUGGGUCACAACAGAGGGAGGGUCGAGGAGGAACCCAACCUAGUUCUUCAGUUUCAGUUAGAGGACCAGCGCCUCCGAUUAGAGGUCGAGGUAUAGCCCAGACUAGUAGAGGUGGUCGUAUGCUUGGUAGGAGUGCUGGUGGUGCUAUAGUCCAUCAGGGAAGAGGUAGAGGUGUUGGACAGGUCGGAGGUGGUAGAGGAUCUUAG